AUGCUCACAGAUUCAUGUGCAAUACAUAUGUGUGUAGCUACGUGCACUGACCUGAAUACGCUAUCAUCCCUACCCAAGGCUGUCGAUGACCUCGAAGAAGGGGCGGAGAACAAGCGCAGUAAAACCACACAUGACGGAAUAAGCGGGAGCCUCACAGUGUCAUCGUUUGGCCUAGUGGAGGAAGGCGAAGACGUUGUGCUGUGGCGAUUGAAUGAGAAACAUUUUCAUAUGCACAUGCGCAACACGGCAAUACUGGACUUAAUCACUAAGCAAACAGGGGAUGCCAGUGCCCAAGCGUGUGUCAAGUCUUUAUUAGAGAUGUCGGUGCUUAACGAACAAUCGGUUAACGAGCACACGGGGGUGGUCACGACUCAGGCUGUAGGUGCUUACCAGGUGUACAAGUACAUGGUAACACGCAACAUGCUCCCUGAAAUGGGUGAGGCUAAGUUAAAUGCCAAGAACACAGUGCAGAUCUUCGAAGCUCUCGUAGUGCUGACUGACGGAGCCAUUGAAACGGCCGAUGCAGCCACUACAGGCGCAGGACAGUUUGUUAUAAUGCGUGACUUGGGCAUUGCUCGCGUGUGCGAAUACAUCGCCAUACUAACCGUUUGCUCCCUACUAAUCAUACUCAUCUGUUGCGUACCGUUCACAUACGUCGUCUUCCUCGUUAAUUGUCCACACCCACAGAUUGUGCGUGACCUGGGCAGUGCGUUUGUGUCUGAGCACGGGGCGCUGCACACGAUUCUGCUGGACGACCCAGAGACAUGGGAUGAUGAAGAAGAGGUGCUCAAUGCCAAGGAGAAGGACGUCAUUGCUAAGCUGCAGACAUCGCUCAACCGCAUCACCGCCAGUAUACUGCUGAUAGACCAGAGCUUGUUGGUUAUGGAUGGCUUCGAAUAAACCGCGAUGCAUUGCUGAAGGGUUUGAACUUGGUUUACGAGGGGGGGUUUUUUAGCUGCAGCG